AUGGUUCCUCAAAAACCAGAUAUUGCUGCGCUUAAGGACCUCACUAUAGAGAACAUCACAGGUAAUGUCCACGUGAUAAACUCAGAUUGCCAAGAUACUCUUACACGCUUUCUGUUUGAGCGCUUAGUCGCCCAUUUAGAUGACUUUGCUCGCGAGACCCGCCUGAGCACAGCUGAGUGGGAGACUGCGAUCCGGUUCCUUACAGAAUGUGGCAAGAUAUGCAGCGACACUCGACAGAAGCUGAUUCUCUUGUCCGAUGUCCUUGAUCUUUCCCUUCUAGUUGACUCUAUCGACCAUCCCAAAGCGCCUGCAUUUACAGAGGGUACUGUCUUAGGGCCAUUCCAUGCUCACGUCAGUGAAACCGUCUCAUCAGGUGCGGCUAUCCCACACGAUCCCAAUGGUGAACCUUUGCUAGUGCCAGUCGUGGCUGUUGACAUUGAUGUGUGGGAGACGGAUUCAAAGGGCUUUUACGAUGUCCAAUACGCAGGGCGCGAAGGGUUCGACGGUCGGGCUGUACUCUCUAGUGACGAGCAUGGAGACUUUCAUUUCAAGGUGAUUGUACCAGUUCCGUACCCAAUCCCUGAUGAUGGUCUUGUUGGAAGGCUCCUCGCGGUACUAAAACGGCACCAGUAUCGACCCAGUCAUAUGCACUUUAUGGCUCUGUAUCUUCGACGCGACCCAUAUGAGACAUCUGACGUAGUUUUCGGGGUCAAAGAAUUACUUAUAGUAGACCUACAAGCUGCGGCGGAUAUCUCUGUUUGUUGUGCAAAAUAUGGCAUGCCUGAAACUAUGAAAGUUCUCAAAUAUGAUUUUUUUCUUGUUGCUGAUGCCGAAAUCACUGCACUUCGAAAUCAGAAGGCGCUUGAUGCAGCAUCAUGCUUGGGUCUCAAGCUGAAAUUAGACCAUGGGCUUCUAGUGAGGGACGAUUGA